GCUGACGGUUCUCCUGGCAUUCCACACAAGACUCAAAUAAAAGUCCGGGUGGAAGCCAACGAUGGUUCAUGGCACGACCGAGUGCCUGCCUGGAUCAAGCUGGCCUGGCAGGACCACACUACGAACCUCUUCAACGGAGUUUUCUGGGAGCCUCCUGAUGAGGAGCGGUACGAGUUCCUGAAUCCCCGCCCGCCGAG